CAGUAUGUUUUAUAAGACCCUAGCAGUUAGAGGACCUAACCAGUAAUUAAUAGGUUGCUGGAUCGAAACCCAGAGCUGGCAAGGUGAAUAAUCUGUGGUUGAAUCUGUUAGCCAGAAAGCUACACAAAUGUUUCCUAUAAGUAGGUCUGAAUAAGAGCAUCUGCUAAAUAACUAACAUGUAAAUACUUGAUGUGUAUGUAAAUAUGAUAUGCCAGUGAUAGUUUGAUGUUCACACAUCCUUAUGGGAAUAGGUGAUUGAUCCAUUUGCCACCUCUGACACAGGCUAGAUGUGAAAGUGACAUUUCAAUGUUUAGAAAACGACCUGUAACGAUGGACAGAAAUGUGACUGUCAGGUUAAUGAGUAACCGUGACAACCUUUGCUCCCCAUUGGCACCCAUGAGUCAGUCUUCAAGCAAGCACCAAGGUGUUCAGUUCUAGGACUAUGUGACAGGCAUUUCUCUGUUCCUUUUACAAUAAACGACGACAUGCUAAGUCAGAGGAAGUACAUGUUAAAGUAAAGCCUUUCAGGAGGUCAGAGAAAACAGGAAGAGCCAGAGAGAGGGAGUUUUUUUUUUUAAUCCUGGGUCACCCUGAGAUGGCCAUGGUCCAGAACAAAUCUUCAGGAGACAUUCUGGCUGAUCAAGGGAGUCCUCUGCUUCAGGAUCAGGACGUUUUACCCUUCACCAGCUACCACAGCAUGCAAUACCCCCUGGUGGAGGCCACCAUGUCAUCCCCACCAUACUACUCCAGUCAGAACUACUACCCCCAGUUCAGCACCGAGGAGUGGUACUCACCCACUGGGAUGUACGAACUCAGGAAAGGACCUCUGGAUGGCAGCUAUGACGCUGAAAUGGAGGAGGUGUCCACUAUAGUGCCUGCAGUGUGCAAGAGGACCCGGCAUACAUCCCACACUGGCCGGGGCAAAGGGGAGGAGCUGUGCGUGGUGUGUGGAGACAAGGCAUCUGGGUACCACUACAACGCUCUCACCUGUGAAGGCUGUAAAGGCUUCUUCAGACGGAGCAUCACCAAGAACGCUGUGUACAAGUGCAAGACUGGAGGGACCUGUGAGAUGGAUAUGUACAUGCGCAGGAAGUGCCAGGAGUGUCGUCUCCGGAAGUGCAAGGACAUGGGCAUGCUGGCAGAGUGCCUGCUGACAGAGAUCCAGUGCAAGUCUAAAAGGCUGAGAAAAAACCCCAAGGCCUCACCGGGAGCGUCCACUGGGGACGAGGCCGAGGCCGGAGACAUUAAGCAUGUCACCUCCACCACCAAACUGGCAAAGGAGAAGGUUGAGCUCAGUAAAGAGCAACAGGCUCUCUUGAACUUCAUUGUAGAGGCCUAUCAGAAACAUCGAAUUCCCCAAGAUAUUGCAAAAAAACUGUUACAAGAGCAGUUCAAUGCAGAGGAGAACUUCCUUCUUCUGACAGAGAUGGCCACCAGUCAUGUUCAAGUGUUGGUGGAGUUUACCAAAAACAUUCCAGGUUUCUCUGCCCUGGACCAUGAGGAUCAGAUAGCUCUGUUGAAAGGUUCAGCAGUGGAGGCCAUGUUCCUACGCUCAGCGCAGGUGUUUACCAGGAAGCUGCCACAUGGACACACAGAGGUGCUGGAAGAUAGGAUUCGUAAGAGUGGGAUAUCUGAGGAGUUCAUUACACCCAUGUUCACCUUCUACAAAAGCAUUGGGGAGCUACAGAUGAUGCAGGAAGAACACGCCCUCCUAACCGCCAUUACCAUCCUGUCACCAGACCGACCAUACGUGAAGGACCAGCAGGCAGUGGAGAGGCUACAGGAACCCAUGUUGGAGGUGCUCAGGAAGUUCUGUGCCUUGCAACACCCGCUUGAGCCCCAGCACUUUGCCCGUCUCCUGGGCCGGCUGACUGAGCUGCGGACCCUCAACCACCACCAUGCCGAGAUGCUCACCUCCUGGCGAAUGAGCGACCACAAAUUCACCCCCCUCCUCUGUGAGAUCUGGGAUGUACAGUGAACAGUAGAUAGGUUUCAUGGAGGGAUGUUUGGAUGGGAAGAACAAACACUUUACCCUGAGUGACUCUUCUGACCAUUUCAGAAGCUGAAACCAUUUCAGAAGCUGAAACCAUUUCAGAAGCUGAAACCAUUUCAGAAGCUGAUCAACUGAACAAAAAGCUUCUGUCACAAUCGGAUAUAACACCGCUUUGAGAUGUUGUGAAUUAACAUUGCAUAGGCUCAGGUCUAAGGUCUUUUGGGAGCCAUUGUGAUGGGCUAUCUGAAUAUGACUGCCUGCUGCAGAUCAAAGAUACCUGAAGACAUUAUUUAAGACAGAUCUCGAAGCCGGAUAAUGGACUGAUAUUGUUUGCUCAGCAUAUUGCCAGUUAAGGUUUAAAUUACUGAUUAAAACUAUUUUCACUUAUACACUUUGUUUAUCAUGCUAUGGUCCACCAGAAAAGCAUCAACAAGGCUGAACUUUAUAUCUCUGCUAGAUAUCUAGAUACAAACAAAAAUAAAAACAAAAUGUACAAACAAACCUACAAUGCCCUCCUAAAAUAAUGGCACAGUGAAUGUAUUUUUCUCCUAUAAAUUAUAAUUUGAAAUCAGACCGUUACUAUGAGGUUAAAAUAUAGAUUCUCAGCUUUUAUUUGAAGGUAUUUGAACACAUAUUGGUUUCACCAUUUAUAAAUUACAACACUUCAAGUAAACAUUUUAUAUACUGUAUAACCUGCAAUUUCUGAUCAUUGUUGUAAAAGUGGUGCUUUCAAGAUAAAAAUUGUCCCUGAAUAUUGUUUUUCACAUACAAUAUGUGCCCCAUGUCCAUAACCACUCAUUUUCAAACUUGGAAUUUCAUGGUAAAAUAUGGAUUCUAAUUUAAGAAUAUGCAAAAAAUAUUACACAUCCAGAUGAAAAAGUCCCAAUAAUUGAAUUUUUUCAGAUUCACUUCAUCAUUCCACAUUUAGAAAUAUAUUUUGGAAAAGUUACAUUGGAUUUCAGUUUGAAUAGUAUAUCAGUAACUCUUCAAAACUUCUAUUCUAAAAUAUAAUUUGUUAAUGUGUGAAAAUGUCACAAUAUACCCUUAUUUAUUUGGUUAAUUUUAACCAUUUAACUUAUGUUACAAAAGUUUAUUAAAGGUCUUGGAGUAGUGCAGGGAUUUAGCUCACUGCUUCAUCGUACAGCUGCGGCCAGCUGUUUAAAUACCAGUUCCUGCAUACCAACAAACCCUGGCAGUCCAAAAGAAUGGGACGAAAACUGGCUGAGCAUCACUCAGGAUGGACAGGGUGAAAUAUGUCUCCAGACACACAGCACCAGCCAAAAUGUUGUCUAAACCUUUGACUGCUACUGUACUAUAACUGAAUUUGAAUACCUAACAACUGCAGGAUAUCAUUACUAUUGGUUACAAAUAUAAAUUAUUUUAAGAUUAUAAAAACUGACCUGAUUAAUAAACACGGACCUGAUUAGUAAAUACUAACCUGAUUAGUAAAUACUUACCCAAUUAGUAAAUACUUACCUGAUUACUAAACACUGAUCUGAUUAUUAAAUACUUACCAAUUAUUACAUAAUUAACUGAUUAUUACAUACAGACUGGAUUAUUAAAAUGGAUCUGAUUAUUAACCACUAUACAAAAGGAAAACAAGAAAGUCAACUACUCCGGAACACCAAUGUUAUGCUAUUGAAGAUGAUGCUGUAUUUUUUGACUGUUGUCAAAUUAGUCUCAAGAAAGACUUUAGAGUCACUGAUGCUUGGGGAGAAUACUGAGAGUCUUGUAAUUGCUUUGUGAUUUGUGCUCAAUGUACAGGUUCAAAUGGUGCUUUGUGCUCAAUGUACA